UGGCGCCAACGUCGGGGCAGCCAUUCGCCGCGCAGCCUUACCGCGCAUGCGCAUGCCCCGCGAGUGACAGUGUUUUAAAAAUGGCCGCCAAAAUAUACGUACUAUGUCUACUAGCUGCGACAGGGAUAGCAGCAGGCGCUCGCUCCCGUCCUAGAAUACAGCAGCAACCUAUAGAAGAUGCCUACGAGUACGAGCCUCAAGCGCAGGAGAGAGCCUCUGGCAACCAGGUGGUGCUAGUCCCCGCAGACGCUUACGACAGUCUCUACCGAGCAUCAGACAGACAAGAUGAUGAGUACGAGCCCAGACCACGCACCCAGGCCAGACUGAAGCCUGCGCUGCACGAGAGCAACAAGCAGCCGCCCGUGCAGACCAUCAGGAACUAUAAUAAGGUGAACGACGACGGCAGCUUCACAUUCGGCUACGAAGCCGCCGACGGGUCCUUCAAGGAGGAGACCAGGGGUACCGACUGCGUCGUCCGCGGGAAGUACGGCUACAUCGACCCGGACGGCAACAAGCGAGAGUUCACCUACGUCUCCGGCAACCCUUGUGACCCCAACAAACCGAAUGAAGAAGAAGAAAACGAACCAGCUGCACCAGAUUCCGGCGAAAGAGAUGACGGAGUACCCAACUACCCGACCAGACCAGCGCUAAGGCCAACAACCGCGAGACCCACCACCACCUACUUCCAAAACGACUUCAGGGACGCUGAUGAAGACGAAGCUGAAGAAGAACCUCUACAGCAUAUCAGGCAAAGAGUUGUACAACGCCCAGCUAUUAGAAGACCAACUUACCAAGCUCAGCCAGUCGCGAUCACACCUCGUCCCUUGCCAGCGACCACGGCCAGAGCUUUACCUCCAGCGACAACUUUCAGACCGCAAUUAGUUCAAGUGACCCCGAAACCUCAAGUACAGUACAGUCCAGAACCGAACUACUCGCCUUCCCCAGCUCCUGCUGUUAUCACGACGAGCAGACCCACUCCCGGACAAAUCGACUUCGCAGCAGAAUUCGCAAAGUUCCACCGCGAAAACCAACAACUGCAAUCAACUACAGCUUCCAUCAGCACACCUACGAAAGCUACUCUCACUGCCGCUCCAGCACCAAGCGGUAAUCCUCUAUACUCCACCGAGCUCGUAUACGAUCCCUCAAGCGGAUCUUACAACACUCAAUUAUUUCAGACACUUCCGCAAACUAAAGGAGAGCUAAACUUGAAUCAACGACUGCAGCCAUACGUCGCUCAGCCGCAACCCUCAUCGAGGCCUUUCGUGCCAUCUCCUCAGAUAUCUCUAGAAGGUUCACAAGCCCCGAAUGUGCCGCUAUUCAGACACCAGAUUCAGCACGCGAAUCCCCAGGAAAUCUACCAGAGGCAGCAAUCGGAGGCGCAGUUCCAGAGCUCUCAGCAGUUGUUCGCCCAGCAACAACAGUUGCAGCAGAGUCAGUUGCAAAGGGACCGCGCCGCGGCGCGUGCGCAGGCUCAAAGACUAGCCAUCGCCGCCCAAUCCGCUCCUCAGAGACAAACCCAACAGCCGCAGUUCUAUUACGUGGCCCCUCGUGGGGAGUCCGCGUCGACAGGCCAGAUAGACGCCUUCCUCAGAGGACACGGAAUUCAGUUCUAGUUAGGUUGUAAUUAAUUUAAAGACCGAUCCGAAGGCCAUAAUUUUGUCGGUCUAAUAGGAUAACCAGUUUGGGGUUUUGCGUGUCAACAAGCUCAAAAUUCUGAUUUUAUUGUAACUAAACUUUAUUAGAUCAGAUAAAAUGUUCGGUAUUGUUUGAGCCAAGCUAUGAAGAUACUAAAACAUUAGUUGUUUUAUGUUGAAAUACUAUUUCACCCGGUUAUCAUCGUAUAUAUUCAAAAUUGCAUUUUGCAUUUAAAAACAAAAAGUGUAGAAAACUGAUUUUUGACGAACUAAAUUUAUUUGCCAUUGCAACACCAAAUAUAAUGGUCAAGAUUGGUCGACAAACACCCAGUGUUACCAGCCAACAUUUAUUUUCUUCGCUUUCUGGAUAAACUGUAAAAUUUUCUAAUAGUACUCCCUACAGCGUGAUAUAGGACAUGGAGUAAUAAUUCCAUGCAUAUGGGAUAGCCAGAGUUGAAGGAAUUUAGUUGUCGAUGCGCAAACCUUUCAGUACAUUCGAGUGCUAGAGUGUAGGUAUGUAAUUCGUGGCGAGCAACGUGUACAUAAUCUGUGUCUAAUCAUAAAGUAUCGCUAGUGUAGUAUUAGUUGCGUUUUGUGCGCGAUAGUCCGACGUUAGUAUGGAGCGCUCUGUAAAAACUUACGUUUAGUUAUUGUAAUAUUUUGUUUUAAUAUUAAAUUAUAUUUUUUAUAAUAUC